AUGUCUGAUUCUUCGACCUCCGCACUCUUCUCCCCGAUCCGCGUAGGCAACAUCAACUUGCAGCACCGCGUCGUCCUUGCCCCGCUCACCCGUAUACGUGCACACGCAGAUCACGUCCCAACCCCACAAGCGUCAGCGUACUACUCUCAGAGAGGGUCUACCCCCGGAACUCUUCUUAUCACAGAGGGCACAUUCAUAUCUCAGAACGCUGGUGGUUAUGAUCAUGUCCCUGGGAUAUAUACCGAUGCCCAUGUGGAGGGAUGGAAAAAGGUGACAGAAGCGGUCCAUGAGAAGGGCUCUUUCAUUUUCCUACAACUCUGGGCGCUCGGCCGUACCGCAGACACAGCCGUUCUUGCCAAGGAAGACAAUAGUCCCCACGUCAGUGCCUCACCCAUCUUCAUGCCUGGAAAAACAGACGUGCCACGCGCACUCACCACGGAUGAAAUCAAGGAGUACGUUGCCACGUAUGCCACCGCCGCAAAAAAUGCCAUUCGAGCUGGUUUCGAUGGCGUUGAAAUUCACGGCGCAAAUGGCUACUUGAUCGACCAGUUCAUGCAAGACGUCAGUAACGAACGCACAGAUGAAUAUGGCGGAAGCAUCGAGAAUCGCGCAAGGUUUGCACUUGCAAUAACGGAUGCCGUUGUGGAGGCCAUUGGUGCUGAGAGAACGGGGUUCCGAAUGAGCCCCUGGGGCAUAUUAAGCGGUAUGGGCAUGGCAGACCCCAAACCCCAGUUCUCCUACGUGGUUGAGCAGCUGCGCAAACACAAACUCGCAUACAUCCACGUCGUAGAGCCGAUGCCUGCCGAAGUCACUGCUGAGAAAAACAGCGAUUUCCUCCGUGAUAUUUGGCAAGGGGUUGAGGGCAGUACGUUCAUCAGCACAAACGGAUAUACCCGGGAUACCGCAAUCGAGACGGUAGACAAGAAAGGCGGCCUCAUUGGAUUCGGGAGGUUGUUUAUGCCAAACCCCGAUCUUCCAUUCCGUCUGCGAAAGGGCAUCGCGCUUGAGCGGGGUGACCAAGCAACAUGGUACAUGCGCGGCAAUCUCACACCAGCGGGUUAUUCGGAUUGGCCCUUCGCGCCGGAGAAUGAUCAGCAAUAG